GGCCCAGGCCAUGGAUGAUCGGGUUUGAAUAAUUUUUGUUCGAGAAGAAGACUGCGUCGAAUACUUCACCCUUGAGUGCUGAGUUGUGGUGAUAUUGGGCGCAGCUCGAGGGACUCGUCCCGCCCGCGUCCGAUUUCUUUGCUGAAAGUCGAGUGUGAUGCAGCGUUGUAGACGGAGACGUUGCAAGUCUGAGCCACGCUCGCAGUGAGCGACUGAAUUAUGAAAUUGGAGUUACUGAAAAAUGCUCAGAUUCGACGAAGACGAUGACGACGAAUGGGUGGACCGUGAUGAGGCACGCGACCACAAUGACGGUGACACUCGGCACGCCGGGCUCCAACUGGAGGACGAUUCGAUGCUCCUUUCCUAUAGUAAGCGCUCCGCGGGCGAUCCGGGAUCCGUGAUCUACCUGUCGCACAAGAUCAGCCCGGAGUUCAACUACUUUGAGAUUGAAAUCAUCAGCUGGGGUAUGGAGGGGCGUAUUGGACUAGGUCUCGCCCACAGUGACUACCCGCUGGGCAACAUGCCCGGAUGGCAUGCGGGCAGCAUCGGCUAUCACGCGGACGACGGAUGCCUGUUUCAUGAGAACGGGCACGGCUGCCAGUUUGGGCCAGAGUGCGCGGUGGGCGACCGUAUGGGCUGCGGCGUGGAAUUCUCCGGCGCCGGCGGUGAUGAUGGUGGUAGCGGUGGUGGCUGCGGAGCUGGCCAGGAUGAAAAGAGUGAUAACGACUCCGACUCCGACGGCGAUGGCUGGUACGGCAAAAAGAAGAGAUGCGGUUCUCCUGUUUCCGUGUACUUCACGCGCAAUGGCGAGCGCGUGGGCCGCACCGUGACCAUGCAGCAGCGCAGCAACGGCGGUCUGUACCCGAUGGUAGCAUUGGACAGCGAAGGAGAACGGGUGCGUGUCGAUCUCGAAGUGGCCUCGGCGAAUCCGGACGCACGCGACGUCAAUAUGCGUAUCAUCAAGAGCAUUCCCUUGGCGGCGGCAUCGGCUCAGGCAGGAUUGCCUGAAGACGUGCCCAACUGGAAUCGCCUUUACAAUGUUGAACAAGUGGGCAACUGUCUUCACUAUACAUCCUUGAGCAAUUCGGGCCUUGCGCAGUGCGAACAGCCCAUGAGUCUUCGCCAUCCCUAUUUUGAACUGGAGAUCGUCAAUAGCGGCGAGAAUGGCCAUGUUGCCAUCGGAGUGGCACACUCCCAGUACCGGUUUGGCCGGCAGUUCUGCAGGAAGAAGUCCAGUUUGCUGUUUCAUUGGAAUGAUGGCAAACUGUUCAACGGACAGGGUGAUGGCGAGCCAUUCGGGUGUGCUAGCAAGCAAGGAGACCGAUUGGGUUGUGGCAUCCACUUUCGUCCCAGCGAGAAGGGAAUCCUUGGGAGUUGGGAUCCACCAAGCUCUUCUGAUGACGACAAGGAUGAGAACAGUGGCGACUCUAAUGGCGUGAGCUCAUCGUCGGAGGAUGAGAACACAGAGAAUCGCCGUGUGUACGUGUACUUCAUGUGCAAUGGUGAGGAGGUCGGCGGCUUCGAACGGGUCGUGCCCGCAGGAGGCUACUUCCCCACAGUCGUUUUGAUGAGCUCCGGCGAGGUUGUAAAGACGUUUGUUAGGGCGAUUACCGGUUAAUCGCACGUGCGUGCGUGUGUGUGUGUGUGUGUGUGUGUGUAACAUUCUUUCUGGCAAAGAAAUGAGGCUUUGAGCGAAUACGGACCAUGCCACUGCCAGCUUCGCAGUAGGGAGUACAGUAGGUAUUGGUUAUAGCGUGGGUGUUUGAUAAACGACUUUCUAUUCUUAUUUCCGAUAUUUCUUACACACGAUAAAUCAAGUGUGGCAUAUCAUAUGCAUGUGCACAGGGGCAGGAAGAUCAUCGUACAUGCAACGUAGUGCUACUGUGCAUGUGGCUGGUCAUAGUCCCAUUGGCUUACCAUGUGGCUAUCCAACAUGAGUUACAUGACCACAACAGUUGAGCCUGCAGCACUAUGACGCAACGCGAGUCAGAUCAGAACUGCAUUGGACAGAUGUUAUUACGGAGGAUUAGCAAGACGAAAUUCACGUUCGCGUUCGCAAACAUUUUUCAGUUCGCGAACUGGAUUGCGAACUUUCGCAUUUUUAGUUCGGAAAAGUAGUCGGGACACGAAUCGUGCGAUUCGUGUCAGGGCAAUCAUAAAUUUACCACGCUGUACUGCCUACGUCGUGUCAACAUCAUGCAUGUGCGAAUUCUGUUUGCUAAUCCUUCUCAUAACGCGAAUUCCGUCACUGAGUUCGACUUUCUUUGGAGAGCGAACGCGAACGCGAAUUUCGUCUUGCUAAUCCUGCGUAUUACUACAGGCGAUACACUUUGUACUAAUCCGGCAUGUUUUGGCAAAUUGCUACACAAAGUCCAUUCUCAGGACC